AUGACUGCCGCCCUUCCCCCUCUUGAGGUCGCUAAGCGGCUGGCUGCGUUCGCCGCCGUUGACCGCCACAUUGGCCUCGAGCACAAGCUCAUCGGUAUCGGCUCGGGCUCGACUGUCCCCUACGUCGUUGACCGUAUUGUGCAGCAGGGCGCCAAGGCCAAUGCCGGGCGCCUCUUCUUCCCCACCGGCUUCCAGAGCAAGCAGCUCAUCCUCGACGCUGGGUUGGCGCUUGGUGAUGUUGACAUGUUCACCCGCCUCGAUGUCUGCAUCGACGGUGCUGACGAGGUCGACGCCGAUCUCAACGCGAUCAAGGGCGGCGGAGCGUGCCAGCUCCGCGAGAAGGUCCUCGCCGACAUGGCCGACACGUGGGCCAUGGUCGCCGACUACCGCAAGAACUCGUCUGUCCUCGGCACCAACUGGAAGCAGGGCGUCCCCAUUGAGGUCGUCCCCUUCGCGUACGUACAGGUCAUCGCGGCGCUCCAGAAGAUGGGCGGCACCCCCACCCUGCGCAUGGGCAAGGCCAAGGCUGGCCCCGUCGUCUCCGACAACGGCAUGUUCAUCGUCGACUGCACCUUCCCCGAGGCGACGAUGAAGGAGCCCGCCGCCCUCAACCGUAACAUCAAGAUGAUCACUGGCGUUGUUGAGGUCGGCCUCUUCUGCGGCAUGGCCAAGGCCGCUUACUUUGGCAACGACGACGGAAGUGUCACUGUCCGCGCCGUCGGUGGCACCACCGAGCACAUCCAGAGCGUUCCCGACGUGCCCCCCACCUCGGAGUAG